AUGCUGGCGACUCACAGGUCUUUCUCACCCAGACUUGCCUUUAUCACGUACAGCAGCCCUCCCUGGCACCCCUCUGUCACUAAACAACCUCUUCAUCUCCUAAGUCGCAGGCGGUGCGAAAGGGACAAAGGCUCCGGCAGCACCAAGCCCCGACGCAGGCCCAGGCCUCCCAGGGCUGUGAGGCGAGAGCAGCCCAAGCGCCGGCGGCGGGAGCCAGACGCCGAGCCUUACCCGAGCACCGCAGCCUCCCGGCUUGCCUGUUCGGAGCGGUUUUUACCGCCCUGCGGACACGUCCUGCGACGCCUCUCGGGGCCGGGGGCGGGAGCCUCAGACGCCUCCGACGCCUCUGACGUCACUUCCGUGCGGUCCCAUCGCCGGGGCCAAUGGGCGCCUCCGCGCUCGGCCCCGCCCCGCCACCGCCCUCCCCCUCCCUCCGCCGCUGGGCUGCCGUCGCGUUCGGGGCCGCGGCGUUCAGACGCCGUAGCGGGGGAGGAGGAGGAGGAAGAGGAAGAGGGGGAGGGGGCGGGAGGAGAUGGCGGCGGGGGCCUCGGCGGCAGCGACGACGACAGCGACACGGAGAGCGGGCGGGCGACGCACCCGCAGGAGGGAGGAGCCGCCGCUGCAGCCGCCGCAGCUCCCGCGGGCCCGCUCGGAGCAGUGACCGGCCGCCUCCUCCGCCGCCUCCCUCAAGCCGCGGCCCGCUUGCCUCUCGCUCCUCCCCGGCCUCGCCUCCGCCUCUGCCCGCGGCGGCUGCGGCGCUCCCCGCCCCCACGCCCGCGCGAAAGCACCGGCGGCGGCGGCUGGGGGCGACGGCCCGCGGCUCCCAGCGGCGCGGAGGCCUUAGCCAGCCCCCUCCUGGGCGCGGGCCGUGGUGGUGAGCCGAGGGGUCCCGUCGCUUUGCUGGUGGUUAUGCAUGGUCAGCCCCGGGCCGCUGCUCAGAGCCCUUCGUGCGGAGGCCGUCGAGCGGGCAGCGAGCCCUCCUGCAUCUCUCCUUCGGCUCAUGUCCCCGCCGUCCCCCGCCUAGGCUAG